CGGGACUGACCAGCCCUGUGGCCUACUCUAGGGCAGCAGUGGGAGAAACAUCCGCGCCAACACAACGAACAAAAUUUCGGAAACAGGACGCCGACGUUCAGGAGAAGCCCCUCCCGCUUCUCCGGAGUCACUCGACCACCGCCCUAUACCGUCACUUCCGUCGACACAUGCGCCCAGGAUUGACAGUCGCGGACAUCCAAUCGAAAGCGGUCCCGCCCCUAGGCCCAGACAAGGGACGGGUUUGAAACCAGGAAGCCCCGCCCCUCGUCGACGUGUUACGUCAGAGUCGCCAUGGCCAGCUAUCCCUAUGGGCAGGGCUGCCCAGGAGCUGGAGGACAAGCACCCGGAGCCCCUCCGGGUAGCUACUACCCUGGAUCCCCGCACGGUGGAGGGCAAUAUGGCAGCGGGGUACCCCCUGGUGGCGGUUAUGGAGGAGGUCCUGCCCCUGGAGGGCCUUAUGGACCACCAGCUGGUGGAGGGCCCUAUGGACACCCCAACCCUGGGGGGCUCCCCCCUGGAACUCCAGGAGGACCAUAUGGCGGUGCAGCCCCAGGGGGCCCCUAUGGUCAGCCACCUCCAAGUUCCUAUGGGCCUUAUGGACAGGGUCCUCCUCCAGGUGGAGCCCCUCCCAAUGUGGACCCUGAGGCGUACUCCUGGUUCCAGUCAGUGGACUCCGAUCGCAGUGGCUACAUCUCCAUCAAGGAGCUGAAGCAGGCCCUGGUCAACUCCAACUGGUCCUCGUUCAAUGACGAGACAUGCCUCAUGAUGAUCAACAUGUUUGACAAGACCAAGUCAGGCCGCAUCGAUGUCUAUGGUUUCUCGGCCCUGUGGAAGUUCAUCCAGCAGUGGAAGAACCUCUUCCAGCAGUAUGACCGGGACCACUCGGGCUCCAUUAGCUACACAGAGCUGCAGCAAGCUCUGUCCCAAAUGGGCUACAACCUGAGCCCCCAGUUCACCCAGCUCCUGGUCUCCCGCUACUGCCCGCGCUCCGCCAAUCCUGCCAUGCAGCUCGAUCGCUUCAUCCAGGUGUGCACCCAGCUGCAGGUGCUGACCGAGGCCUUCCGGGAGAAGGACACAGCUGUGCAGGGCAACAUUCGGCUCAGCUUUGAGGACUUCGUCACCAUGACAGCUUCUCGGAUGCUAUGACCCAGCCCAUCUGUAGAGAGGGGAGUGCACCAGGGGACCUUUCCUGGCUCCUUAGAGUAGGAGAAGCAUGUGGGCCUCUCUUCUUUUCCUGCCCCUCCUAGAAAAAGAUUCUCCCUUGCCUGAUGCAGCACUAUUCCCAAAGAAGGCUGGGAGCCCUGCGUCAUAGCUACCACAUAGUGGGGACUUGGGUGGAGGCCACAUAGGUAGGGCCUGACCUAGGAGAGGCCUGGGAGUUGAAUGUCCUUACAGUCCUGAGCAUUUAAAUGGCAUAGCCUUGCACCAGGAGCAGGAGAUGCCAGACACUGCAAUGGCGUUAGUGUCCAGUGUUAGGCUGGGCUCCAGCUUCUAGCUUUCUCUUCUACGCCCUGAGGCCAGUGGUGAGUGUUCAUGGGCCUCUUACUAUUAGCAGCUGUGUUCCCUCACCCACGCUAUCUUGUCAGAUGAACCCAGUUUCUCCAAAGUAGAAUGUGACCAAGCAUGAGAGAGAUUUGCUCUCAGGACCAGAGGCUUGGAUUCCACCACCCCCAUGCCCAUAAGUCCGUGUGUGUUAACCUCUAGCUGCUUGGGGGCUGUCCCUGCUCGGGGAGCUGGGAGUCUGCUCUCUGGGCAUCUUUGGCCAGGCUACCGCCCUCUGCAGCAUGGACCCCUCACUUGCUUGCCAUUCUCUGCUUGACUUCGUCCCUAGAGGACAGUUGCCACCUCCCACUGCCAAUGUUUUUUUUUUUUAAUUUGUGGUUUUUUCAUUUGGGGCCAAAAGUUCAGUGAAACUGAAAGCUUCAAUAAAAGUAUAAAACUCUGGA